GUGACGCCUGCGCAAUGGCGUCGACCGCCUCCGACGCCGCCCUCGACACUCUCAACGUCGUCGACAACGUUCGCAACGUCGGCCACCGCACAAUGAACACCCCUUGCAAGGGAAAGACCGCGAAAUCCUGGCUCGACCUCCCGGCCGAGAUCGUCAGGCUGAUCGCCACACACUACCUCCUCGAUGUCUACACGACAGGCUUUUACCCACAGACAUGGGAGGCCCCCCAACUAUGGCCACAACGCUUCGCGUUUACGACGCUCCGGGACGCGCGAGAGUUUGAGAGGGUCAUGGACAUCUUCCCGACGUGGAAGCCUCAUCUCGAGCACCAUUUGUUCUGGAACAAGGCCUGCGCCGUUCUCGACCCUCUCGGAGCGUUGAACCACCUCUCCUUCAGACAGCCACCCUCAUCUACCGCCGGCUCCAACAACAGCACCACGCUCGUCCGGGUCAGCAUGUACCACCAUUUCCACUCCCUCUUGGGAGCCUCUUGCGCCGUCUGCAGGAUCAACAUGCCGUACAACUCGGAGGGCGUUGGCGCGGGCAGCCACAAGCGCUCCGUGUCUACCCAGUACGCCGGCACCGUUCUCCUGUGCAAAGACCACCGGAAGGCUACGGCGUUCUGCGGGGUGUGUCUCCGGGAAGCGCCGCGCGCGGAACUAGAAGAGGAGUACACGCAGGGCGUACCGGUGGGCUGCCUGGAGAACGAGGACCACCAGACCUGGCCGAACGUUGAGACGACUUGCCGGUCAUGUCGGGCGCAGGUGUUCUGGCUGCGCGUCAGCGCACGCCCCGAAUGGCGUCAAGCUGUGAGCACUCACAGGUGGGCGACGCUCGACUGGGAGACGCGCACGGCGGUCGAGAACUUCAUAGACCUGGGCGAGGGCACGAUCCAGGACGUAUUGCAACUUGCGGAAGAGAAGCACUGGCUGCGGUCGUACACGAAACUGGGCGACAUGCUGCAGCAGGCGCUGGCUUCGUCGCGGCUCUUUUCACGGACUGAGAGCGGAGAUGCCUUCAACAGCGACGAGGAGCUCAGCGAAGACGAGACGGACGACCCGGAAAUGCUCAGUCUGACGGAAGAAGGUGUCAAGGAUAUCGCGAUUAACGACUGGGCGCGCAACCGCAUCCUCGACGGUCACUGGAUCAGCCCUGCGGACGAUUGGUUUCACUACACAGCGAAUGGGCGGCCACGACUCGCGCCGGCUGUGCAUCCGUGUCCUUGGAACCGACAGACGAUAUUUGAAGGCGCCUUGGACGAGGGUCAAAGCGACGAUGCGCAGGUGCUCGAGCAUCCACGACCGAAGACACACCUCUCGCCUCAUCCGCCAUCGUACACGCUAUGCGAGAUGACCUAUCGGACGUUCUCACGACAGAUGGGCGAAAUCUUGGGUCCGGCUAUGCGUAACAUCGUACGGAAAAUCGUCAUGGAAUGCGCUGCGGAUGGCACGGAUCCUGCGGUGAGGGCCAACCGAAUGACCCUAGAAGACGUCAUGCGUGAGCUUCGAGACGAGUCGUCGUGGUAUAACGGGAUCGACUGGCUCGAGCGACGGGCGAAUGAGCGCCUGGCGGAGCGCCGGCGAGCGAAGGAGAGGGACGAAGACGACUCUUCGUCAUCAUCCCACUCUACAGGCUCGCACACGACGAGCCCCGUGCUCUCGACAACCACUCUACAAACGACACCGUCGCCACCACCUAGCGGCAAGGAAGACGAUGCUCUUGCGUCUUCUCCAAUGACGACCGCGCCACCCGUCUUGACCUCCCCUCUUCUCAAGUCGCCGGACAUUAUCCGUAUGAUCCCUUACGUACCGGUCACGGCUCAGCACCUGCCGUACUACAGCAUCGAGGCGUUCGGAUACGUGUGGCGCGAGGCGUGUGCCCCGCUAUAUCAGUGCCAAUGCUCGAUCUGCGAGCGGGCUAUGCUGAACGUAAACUUAGCACUGAGGAGCACGGUGCCGACGCAGGCUCAGCUCCACCCGAGUGCGGUGGCGGCGCAAGUAUCCCCGCCGACAAACCCCACUCCUCCAGUGCAGAUCAAAAUCCAAGAUGCGCCGUUAGAGCCGGAGCUCGCGGUGGUCCAAGGCGACGAGGACGACCUGGAUGGGAGCGAAGACGAGUCGCUAGACGAAGAUGGCGAGUCAGAGCGGGGCGACGUCGACGGCGACGGUGACGAUGCAACGUCGUUGUCGCUAUCGCUGUCUGCAACGAUCUCCGUACCCGACUCAGACACGCCUGCUUCAGAAGCACAUGGGACGCCCCAGGUCACUGCGACUACGCGGAAACGACCGUCGACAGAACUGGACAAUGACGCCUUCGACGAGCUGCACCCAGGUGUCACGUUCCCGACUUCACAGCCGUCUGAACGUGGCGGGACCCCGCCCAAACGGGCAAGGCGGCAUGGCUCUUUCGACGGCACCCUCUCUUCGCCGGCCGCACCGACACCUGUGGGGAAAGCAACCGCGUCACUCGUAGACUCACCGUCACGACAGAGGAAGCGAUCGAGCGAGGAGCUUGAACUGGUCGACCGGGAAGCUCCGGGAUCUGGCAAGCGCAUGCGGUCAGACGAUGUGGCGGACGCGCCCUUGCCAUCCGUGGAGAAGAGCAACGCCGUGUCGCCACCCCCAGUCCUUCGUACCGCCCAGCUCGACGUUAGACCUGAGAGGCGCGCCAGUGCAGCUGCCGGAGUCGUGCAGGCGAACUGAGCGGCUGGUGCUGGAGCGUGCGGGGGGUGUUGUGGCUGGUGACAGAGGUGGGCAGGGAAAGCAGGAGAGACGGGGAAGCGGGCGAAGAGCGGCUGGUUAAUAUACCGCGCGACGAGGAGGUCCGACCGACCUCGUGGUUUCCUCACCCCAUCUGGGAUGAGGGGGCGAGGGGCGAGGACGGGCAGCAAGCACGGCACGACGCGUUUCGACUACCGAGAGCAGCAAUUUCGGCCUCCCGCGCGCGCGCGUCUCACCUUCCUGGCAGGGCGUGACCGCGCACCCGCGCUGUGAUCGAUGGGCGAUCAGGCCGUCCCACCACCACCUUCCUCCUCCCAUAUAUACUCUCGUCCUCGCCCAUUCAAGGCAAGCUACGCGGAUCCUGGCGCCAUCACUGCUCCCGGGGUUUCUUCACGGCUGUCCCCGUUCUUGUUCUCGUAGUCAAUGUCGUGUCUCGGUCCCAUUUGUCAAGCCAUCCAGGCGCGCGGUCGGCCUCGCCCUCGCCCCGCGGUUCUCGUGCCCCUCUUCUACCAGUCGCGUCUAUCCAGGAUGGGUCUAGCUGUGUGGCGUACCUUGGUGGAUCGCAGCAAGACGGAAGAUCAAGCUGCGAGAGGCGCGCGGCGAAAGUCGUGGUCUCGCGCUCGCUGGCGCGUCGCGGACGGGUCGCGGAUAUGGGCAGGCGUUUUCCCCCUCUUUGCCCCUUGUUUGGGUUUCCCCGUGUUUGGCGUUCGGUGUUCGGUGUUUGGCGUUUGGCUUCGUCCCGUUCGCGUUCCCGCGGUGUCGUCUUUGGGCCUGUCGGACGUGGAUUUCGCUUCCAAUUGACUUUGCGGGUUCGCCGCGCUAUGCGUGCCUGUCCUCCCUUCUUGGAUACCGUUGUGGACUGCCCCAUGAUCAUUCCCCCAUUCAACCUCGCAUCCUGUUCUGUUUUUUUCACUCCCCGCGCGCUCUUCCUUAUUUAUUUCGACUGCCACACGCCCGAUCCCCUUUCUACACACAUCCCUUGCCGCCUGUCUGCGCUCUCCUCCGCCGCCCUACUGCCCCACCGCUCCCCGACGUCCUCGGCCAUCUCUCUACCGCCUCUUUGUCGCCAUCCUCCGGUGGACUCGCUCAAGGACCUGCCUACUCCAUAUCAACGCCACUUGCAACCACCCGGAUACACGUUCACACACCCACACCCACACCCACACCACCCCACCUACCCCCAUCCAAUGUCCUCCGCAAUGCUCUGAUCCGCUCUGCAAAUUAUGCUCGCAUUUGAAUUCGUUCUCGCUUCUUUCCUCCGCCCCUCCUCACCCC